UUGUGGGUGAUUCCGGUCCUUCAAUCGACUACCAUUGGUUCAUUUUCUGUUGCUGGAAAGAUAUUCAGAAUGCCAAGAAACCUCGUCCAGGUCCAGUUGGAGAAACUCUUAAAUUUGGACGCCCGGACUAAGGAACUGAUAGCUUCCAUUGAGAAGAUAUCUUCUGAUGCCGGUGACGUGAAAUAUUUCCGCGAGCAACUGGAUAUUUAUCAGGAUGAGGUCAAAAGUAACAUUUCCUCUAUGAAUGCUAUUUUGGACGAGUUGCAGUAUGGAAAAGCCAGCUGUUUCCCGUAUACAAAAGUAUCGGACUUGCGGCAGUCCAUUUCUUACAAUAGGGAGCAGCUCAGUUUUCUUCAGGACAGUUAUCGAAAGGCUAUUUUCAAAGCUCUACGGCACUUGGAAGGUAUGGAACGUGAGCACUUGAUUCGUCGUCCCUUAAACCCUUCGGGUGACCUAGAUGUCCUGAACAGUGCUUUUGAAACCUCAGUGGAACUCACGCGCGAUAUGACGGCGCAUGCAAGGCGGUUGGCAGAAGAAGUCAAACUGGGAGCACUGAAUGCCGAAAUUUUGGAGGAUUCAUCAUCACAGAUCACUUCCAAUUACGCCGAAUUGCGCGAAAUGAGCGGUCAAAUGGGCCAGUCAAAAAGACUCACUUCCCUUGCCUAUCGCCGCCGUUUGACGAGUUAUGUUUUGUAUUCGCUUGCCUUUACCUUCUACUUUUUUAGCGUGGCGGCCAUAUUUCUUAAUCGUGUUCCUCUCGGUUCAUGGUUUCUGCCCUCUUCAUAUCUUUGACAGACGUCAGCUGUCAUUGUCCCUUGGGCUUUCAUUAUUCUUUAUCGUUGUUA